AUGAGAGUUAUCCUUCCCGUUCUCGCGGGCGCCAUCGCCUUUACGGAUGUCGUCUCUGCGCAUUACCGCUGGACUUCUCUGAUUGUGAACGGCGCGGCAACUUCCCCCUAUCAGUAUGUCCGCCAAAAUACCAACGCAAACUCUCCAGUCACCUCCGUCAGCUCCAACGACAUCCGCUGCAACGCCGGAGGACUCGCUUCCGGUGCUUCCACCGGCACUGCAUCUGUAGCUGCCGGUGCCACUGUUGGCUUUGCGCUAGACCAGGCGAUCUUCCACCCCGGCCCCAUUACCGUCUAUCUUUCUAAGGCGCCGUCCACAGCCGCCUCCUAUGAUGGCUCUGGUGCCUGGUUCAAGAUCGCUGAGGUGGGCGCAACGAUCUCUACAUCGGCGAUUACUUGGCCAGCAUCAGACAUAUCUCAGUACACAUUCAAGAUCCCCAGCAGCACUCCCGCGGGAGAAUAUCUUCUUCGCAUCGAGCACAUCGCGCUGCACUCUGCUAGUACUACCGAUGGUGCCCAGUUCUAUAUCUCCUGCGCUCAGCUGAAGAUUUCUGGUUCUGGCUCGGGCAGCCCAGGUCCUACCAUCAAGCUGCCUGGUGGAUACUCGGCGACAGACCCAGGAAUUCUGAUUGGCAUCUACUGGCCCAUCCCAACCUCCUACAAGAUCCCAGGCCCAGCAGUCUGGAGUGGUUAG